AUGUCCGCAAACAACAGUGACCAGGUGUGCGAGGCUGUGAACAAGAGUUGCUGUUCGACUCCGGUACGGACAAACUGCUUCUUCCCCGAAAACUCAACCUUCACAGUCCAUGAAAACGGCCACACAUUCACUGCCACUGUCUGCCCAGCUGCGGAUGGAUGGGCAGCGCUAUAUACCACGGACUGGGGGUAUUUCGUGAACGAGCGCCUGGUCGUCAAGCUACUUUCCGAUGAAGAACUCGUUGUUUGA